GGGAAUUUGUUUUUUAUUUUUAUUUUUUUUUUUUUGACAAAUUCCGUUUCGUUAUCGAAAUGAUACUGGUUCUACUUGUUAUUAUUAAAAUUGUGCUGGCUGAUGAUAAAUCAAUUAUCGUGCAUGGUAAUAGUACGACCGAAUUGGAUCGUGUACAAUUUGCAUACAAAUCUGUCUAUGGUAUACCGAAAAAAUUACUUUGUGAUGAAUCAAUUACUAAACAAUUUUAUGAAUGUGAACGAACGGCACAUCAUACAUGGGAAAUCACCGUUAAUGAUUAUUUUUAUGAAAAAUCAAAGUUUUGCUGUUUCAUUUGGCUAACACUUUCUUGUGAAAUGGAUGUGAUUAAAAAAUGUAGUGUAGAUUAUUUGAAGAAACUUGAAAUGAGUACCAAACAAUCAUACAAAUCAAUGUGUGAACGAAUCGGUUCUGGACCUAAUAGCUACACAUGUUUUAUGACAAAAGAUACAAAAGCAACGAUUAAUUGGAUAAUCGCAAUUUUAAUUCUCAUAUUAACUUUGGCAUGUGCAUCCUAUGGAAUUCGAACUUAUUGUAACAAAAAUGAAGAUGUUAACCAAUACACUUAUUAUUACGUAACUGAUCCUGAUACUGGCUUGCCACUAUAUUUGGGACCGAUUCCUAGACUGAAGAUCCAAAAUGCACCACAUAAUCCUAAAUACCCAAUAAACUAUGAUGAACUUUUAUUGAAAACACCACAACGACCACGAUUGACAUUUCCAAAUUUUGAAACAGACCAAAACGCUAUACCAUUACCAAAUGUUGCAAAAAACGCUACACCAUUACCAAAUGUUACAAAUAACGCUAUACCAUUACCAAAUGUUGCAAAUAAAAAUAAUCUUGGCCCUCAAAAACCAAAUUUAUUGGUAACAUCUUUAAAACUGCUUGGCCACGAUCUAGUUGAAUGGUCUCCCGAAUGGAUGUGGAGAUAAUGAAAAAUAAUAGCACACAAGGAGAUAUACAUCAACUUUUUUAAACAUUUCAUUUGCAAUAAAAA